AUGGGUAAAUUAUUUAAAGUAUUAGUUUGGUGUAAGAAUGCUGUUGGUAAAACAUCAUUAAUUGAACAAUUGGCUUAUGGACGUUCAUAUCGAGAAACAAUUGAAGAUAUAUAUUGCAUACAAUAUGACAAUAGUUUAAAUGAAAAAGAUAUUGUACUUCGUGUACAUGAUAUUGGUGGUGUGAAAAAUUCUCCUGGUGAAGAAUUUUCAAAUAUACACCAUUUAAUGACUCUUGUCGAUGUUGUUAUUCUUGUAUUUGGUAAUCGUUCAAAUGAAUUUUUUGAAUAUUGUAAAGCUAUUAAAGAUAUAAUUGAAGUUAAAACAACAGAUAAAAAUAAAAAAGAAAUUUUACCAAUAUUUGUAUUGUGUAAUGAAAUUGCAUCAGAUGAACGUCGAUCAAAUUUUACUCAAACUAAUGUAGAACAGUGGACAGCUAAAGAUAAAUGUUUUGAUUAG